AUGACAAUUUUAGAAGACGAUGAAUUCACUUCCGUAUUAGUCAUAAUAAAUGUAAAUAUUUAUGAUUUAAAUUCCAAUGAACAACAAUUUGGAUCUUCGAAAAGGCAAAACGAAGGGUACAAGGACUGUUGUCAUGAAUUAGACUUUAUUAAAUCAUUUAAGAUGGCUUAA